AUGCAAUUCUGGGACUGUAUUGUUGUGGGCGGGGGCAUUGCCGGGUCCGUCGUCUCAAACCGACUCCUCCAGCAUGAACCCGCCCUCAAGAUCUUGCUCAUCGAGGCCGGUCCCAACACCCAUGCCGUCGAGAACAUCGAAUGGAUUGACAUGAGCAGCGCGAUCGGCGGGGAGUACGACUGGGGCUUUUCAUCGGUACCGCAGGUAAACCUCGAUAACAGAGAGAUCGUCUCGCCUGUGGGGAAAGGCCUCGGAGGAGGCACGAUCAUUAAUGGAGCUGCUUGGGCUCGCGGCCACAUGGUUGACUACGACAUCUGGGCCGAGCGAGUUGGCGAUGAGAGGUGGAGCUACGAGGGCCAGUUGCCGUACAUGCGCAAGACCGAGACGCUCUUUGACAACUCGACAAACCCUCUGGCACAUGGCCACAGUGGCCCUAUCAAGAUCCAGUCUCCCGGUUCGACCGAUAGGGUGUUUCCCCUGCGUGAUGCUCUGCUCGACUCCUGGAAAGAGCUUGGUGUCGAUGCGCUCUCACAGUUUGACAACAACGCCGGAAACAACCUGGGCGUCGCAGAUCUGCAAGAGAACCGCGACAAAGGGAAGAGGCGCCUUGUUGCAAAGGUCUUGGUCGAGAAGUCGGCCACGGGCGACCUCGUCUCCCGCGGCGUUCAACUUGCCAACGGAACACAGAUCCUCGGCCACGAGACCAUCUUAGCCGCCGGCGCCUACCGCACGCCGCAAAUCUUGAUGUUAUCCGGCAUCGGGCCUGCCGAGACAUUGAACAAGUUCGAGAUCCCGGUCGUCCUCGACCAGCCCGCAGUCGGCAAGAACUUCCACGACCACGUCCUGAUCCCCACCGUCUGGCAGCUGAAGAACGCCUCAGCGGGCUACUCUAAGGAAUCCGGCAACCCCGUGUUCAACCAGUCCCAGUACGGCCAGGGCGCCUUCAUCGACUUUAUGACCGUCGUCUCGCUGCCCAAAGACGGCCUCAAAGCCGCGAUCGAGCAGGACGAGGGGCCGAUCACCGACCCCGCCGCGCACCCACUGCUGAACCAGGACCGAGCGCACUCCUCGCACCUGCUGCAGUACUCCGGGGUCUCGGCCGACGGGUCCGCCGUGCUGAUGAUCUCCGUCGUCUUCAUCAACUCCGCCCGCGGCUCCGUCACGAUCCAGUCCGCGGAUAUUAAUGACACGCCGCUCAUCGACCCCAACUUCCUGGGCACGGCCGUUGACCGCUACGCCGCGCGGGAGACGAUCCGCCGCAAUAUCAGGCUGUUGACUUCGAACGAGACGGUGCUCGGCCGGGAGAUCAUCGCUGGCGAGCUGGCUGCCAGCCCGUUGACGGCGGACUCGACGGACGAGGAGAUUGAUGCCCGGGUGCGGGAAAUGGCAGGGGGAUGUUACCAUCCGGCCGGAACUGCGUCGAUGGGCACAGUCGUGGAUACAGAACUGCGCGUCAUUGGGGUUUCUGGCCUCCGCGUUAUUGACACUUCUGUCUUUCCGGUCUCUGUCUCGGCGAACUUGCAGGUCGCGACAUACGCUUUGGCAGAACAGGCAGCAGAAAUCAUCUUCUCUGCCAUGAAGAAGCAAUGA